GUGCUUGCUUUGCGCAUGCGUCAUCCGUCGAGCUGCACAGACAAGGCAACGUUUUUUAAAGUGUCUCUUCUUGUCACAAGAAGAGACUUCCGGGAUGGUGACAGGAGUCAUUUUGUUCGGACUCUUCACGACCUGCGUGUGUGCGUCCGGGGUUGCUGACGUGGUCCUGUCCUGCGAGUUCAUUGAGGACUCAGUCAGAGGGCAAGGGGACUCUGGCUUCGCCAGAUCGCCGGCUACCCUCAUCUUGCGAGACGUCUCCAUUGCGUCCGAUGAUGAAUCACUGGCAGCGCUCACACCAUUUGUUCCACCGUUCGAGCCGGAUCCAUCCAACCUUCUGUUCGAGUCCAAAGGACCAGCCUGGGAAAUUCCCAACGCAGAGUUGUUGCUCCACGCCGACUGCAACGAGCAGGAGGUGAUGUGCGAAAUAACCGCUUAUAACCCCCGCGGUUUAAAGGCAGAGUCAGGAACGAGCUAUUUCAUGGUGUCCAUCGAUGUGAAAGGUGUGGACUUCAGCGCUAUGUUGAUCCUCCACACCUUGCCUGUGGUAGCGGACCAGAUGACCGUGAUGCAAACCGCACUGGGCCUGCCUAUGACCCAUAGUGGAACGCUGCUAACUGAGUUGUCCUUUCUGGUGUUUUCCACUGCUAAAGCUCCAUCUGGCCCUCUGAAAACCGAUUGCCUCCUCAGCUGUGGUUUCAGGUAUUUAGAGGCAUCGCCUGACGAGGAAGUGCACAUUGAAUGGCGACAGCAGUAUCGGGGAAAAGGCCAGAAAAUCUACACGAUGAAAACAAAGCUCAACGAUUCAGAAGGGAGCACAGAAGUGCAUAAUGACAGGGGGGAAUCGAGCAUGGAUGCUGCCCGGGUUGUUGGUCAAGGAGACACGUCUUUGACCUUGAACAAUUUAAAGGUGACGGAUGUGGGCGCCUUCAUCUGCUCUGUGUUUUUAGGUCCUUUCCACGCCCAGCAAGUGGUCAAUCUCCAGAUAUUAGAACCCCCCAUUGUUUCGCUCUCAGAGACGAAGCUGGUUUUAAAGGGGGACGCCGCCCAGACUAUAAGGUGCCAUUGCAGUAACUACUUCCCUCUGGAUGCUCAGGUGGAGUGGUUGUCACGCUCGCCGACAGACAAGGAGCCCACCCUCUUCCCCAACCAGGGCUCGCUGUCCAGCCACCGGAAGCACGGCAACGGCACGUACACCCUCUCGUCCCGCAUCAGCGUGCCCGCCAGCGUCGCACCCGGAACCGAAAUCAUCUGCAGGGUGUCACACCAAGCUCUGGAUGCUCCUCUCGUUGUUAGUCUACUCGUAGAACACCAAGAACCAGCUGACUACUGGUGGGUGCUGUGCUUCCUGUUUGUCACUGUGCUCUUCUUCUACCAGCUCCUCAAAUAGGUAGAUCACAGGUCACUGUUUGACUUCAGUACUAUUUACUUUAAUUCAACUCAGACUCUGGUUGUUGUGUUUUUUUGCACUACUGUUUGGGUUUAAAUAAGUCAAUGAAUGAUUUUGUUGUAUUAAUUAAGUUGUGUUUAUAGCAGUGGUUCUUAACCUUGUUGGAGGUACCGAACCCCACCAGUUUCAUAUGCGCAUUCACCGAACCUUUCUUUAGUGAAAAAUAAAAUGUUUUUUUUUUU